AUGAACAACAGCAAGGGAGCUCUGCAAAUUGUGGACCUCUGGUACGACUGGCCCAACGGCCGAAACUUCAACAUAAUCCAGAGCCAGCUGGGGAAGCUAACCUACGACCUGGAGUGGGACAAUGGUACCUCCUUCAUCUACACCUUGGACGCCAACAGAGAAUGUAAGACCCUGCAUUUCCCUGUUGGCAUUCUCCGGCCCAAUUGGCUUGAUGGUGCUACUUAUCUGGGUCAGCGCCACGUGGAUGGUUUCCUGUGUAAUGUGUGGGAGAAGGUUGACUUCAUCUGGUACUAUGAAGAUGUCCUCACUAAGAGACCGGUCCACUGGGUCUUCUACACAGGGUUUAAUGCUCAUGUGAUGACAUUUGAGGUGGGAGCCGUGCUUGGGGAUGCCAAGUGGGAGGCUCCUGUUUACUGUUUUGGGGAGGAGGCUGAGGCAGAAAGGAACAGGAGCUCUGUGCUUGAAUCUAUGGCAAGUCAUCAUUCUCAUGGGAGUUUGAUGAGAGCUGGUUCUCGUGCAACCUGA